ACGCCGUUAAACAUCUUCAUUUAUAAAGCACAAACAAACAGAUGGCAGAUAUUGCAGCUACUUUAAUUAGCUUAUUCAAGCGUAAUUACCAGUCUCAGUAAUGAAGAUCUUUCUUUUCGCCAUUUUCUCUCUCUUCCCACUGCUUCUGCUUAACAGGAUAGAAUCUAAAGGUUUACACAAACAUCCCACACAUGCUGUAACACCACCUAGGGGCUGGAAUUCUUAUGAUUCAUUUUGUUGGACAAUCUCUGAAGAAGAGUUUCUGCAAAAUGCAGAGCUUGUCUCUAAACGACUUCGUGCUCACGGAUAUGAGUAUGUUGUGGUUGAUUACCUCUGGUAUAGGAGAAAGGUGCCCGGAGCUUACACUGAUUCUUCAGGAUUUGAUGUAAUCGAUGAAUGGGGAAGAAUGGUUCCUGAUCCUGACAGGUGGCCUUCAUCCAAGGGUGGGAAAGGAUUCACCGAAGUUGCCAAAAAAGUGCAUAGUAUGGGGUUGAAAUUCGGAAUUCAUGUUAUGAGAGGAAUAAGUACACAGGCAGUAAACGCUAACACGCCUAUUUUAGAUACCUCUAAGGGAGCUGCUUAUAUAGAGGGUGGAAGAAAAUGGACAGCAAGAGAUAUAGGGAUGACAGAGAGAAAAUGUGUGUGGAUGCCACAUGGUUUUAUGAGCGUGAAUACGAAACUGGGAGCAGGAAAAGCAUUUUUGCGAUCCCUUUACGAGCAAUAUGCUGAAUGGGGAGUUGAUUUUGUGAAGAAUGAUUGUGUUUUCGGGGAUGAUUUGGAUAUAGAAGAAAUUAGCUAUGUAUCUGAGGUUCUUAGCAAACUUUCGCGUCCGAUUCUAUAUUCAUUGUCCCCUGGUACAAGUGUUACGCCUGCUAUGGCCAAGGAAAUUAGUGGAUUAGUCAAUAUGUACAGAAUAACUGGGGAUGAUUGGGACACGUGGGGUGAUGUGGCUGCGCACUUUGAUGUAACAAGAGAUUUUGCGGCUGCAAAGAUGAUAGGAUCCAGUGGCCUGUCGGGAAAGUCAUGGCCUGAUUCAGAUAUGCUGCCACUUGGAUGGCUUACUGAUCCAGGUUCGAAUGAAGGACCACACAGGAAAUGUAACCUAAAUAUCAAUGAGCAGCAAACUCAGAUAACUUUGUGGGCUAUGGCCAAGUCUCCGCUUAUGUUUGGAGGAGAUAUGAGAAAGCUUGAUGAUGUCACGUAUAAUCUCAUCACUAAUCCUACCUUUCUGGAAAUCAAUGCUUUUAGCUCAAAUAACCAAGAGUUUCCUUUCAUAACGGGUUCUCAUCCUUCCAAAAGCAACCCCUCGUUCCAUUCAACGCAAAAGAAAAACAUUCGAAAUUCUCAUACAAGUUCUUUGGCCCUUGUGAGUUGCAAGGAAAUCAAAGCAAAAGGCUGGUUAGUUGAAUCUGUUGACCAGGAUCUUGACCAAGUAUGCUGGAAAGAUAAUUUUGAAACCAAUGAAGCAGCACCUUUCUGCAUAUACAAGAGAAAAUCACAAGUUACAUUGGGCGAAGAGCUCUACGCAACACAGUAUGAUGGAAAAAGUCAUCUAUUAGAAACUACCGACGCAGCAUUCUGCAUCGACGCCUCUCCGAGACAGAGGCUUACUUCAAAAGAAUUCAGGAGGGGGUCUUCAUCUCCAUGCAAAAGGGAUGCCAAUCAGAUGUGGGAAUUGAAUAUGAAUGGAACCCUUGCAAACAGUUAUUCUGGUUUAUGUGCCACUGUAAAGACGGUUGAAGCUAAUGCCGUCCCUGGUGGAAUUCGCUCUUGGGUUGCUACUGGAAGAAGAGGAGAAAUAUAUCUCGCCGUCUUCAACCUUAACCAAGGGAAGACAACAAUAACGACAGACCUCUCAAACAUAGCAAAGGUACUCCCUGGCAUAAAAACCGGAGAUGUAUCAAAAUGCAGAGAAGCUUGGAGCAGUCAAGACUGUCAUAUAAAUAGAGGUUCAAUUUCCAUGGACGUAGGAGCACACGGAGCAGCAUUACUUGUACUGACUAACAACAGUGCAUCAUCAAACGUGGUUAGCUUUAGCUUUAGCUCUGGUUAUAGGGUUCAGGUUACAUCCAAGUUUUUGCAUGUUUCCGUAUUUUCCCCCUUGUUCUUCAUUCUGGGAAUUGGACUUCUUCACUAUAGCUAAAUCUAUUUUAUUUGGUUUUGUUUUGGUAGAUCAAUGGCUAAAUUUUUAACAAGGCUUUGGGGAUAGAAUUGAAGCAAUGGAAGACUUGGGAAUGUAUUGGUGUGGCGAUUGCAUAUCAUUGCAUGUAGGUUGAGAACAAAAUUGGUUAAUCAACAAUUAGUGAUCUGAAAUUACGAAUAGUUUGACUAAUUUGUGUAUGGUUUUCUGCUUUCUUAAGCUAUUAAUUGUGAGUAUAUUGAAUUCCUAUUA